AUGAUAAUGGCGUCAAAAGCGUCUCUGGGAGACGGACAUCGUCUGUCCUUUGCAAAGAUUGCUGCUUUGCCCCCACCAUUUAAACCGGAUGCUGCACUUGCAUCUGAUGAAAAUAACAAUUCACAACCACUUGAAGAACCGUCAUUUUCAAACCCACGGAGCUCUCUUGGCGCGCUAUCUGGCCGUGAAGGUCUAAACUCUGUCACACCCGAGUCUGGCAUUUCUGAUCGAGACAUCGAUGGGUUGUCCGAGGCCGUCAAAGCUGCGGAUAUAUCGGAGAAAAAGGACCAAGAGCCUGCCGAAUUCUCCAUAGGAAGUCGAGAGAAUGGAUCUCUGAGGAGAGAGGAUUCGUUUGAAGACGAUCGCACCCACCUUUCAAAUUCGUCGACUAAGCCUACGAGUUUCGACUCAAAAAGUAUGGCGUCGGUCACGACGUUUGCAAUGGACGAGAAAGACUCACUGCGGCCCGAUGACAGUGCUAGUGUGCAAGCCAUAGACGAAGAAGAGUCCCUUUCGGGUCACGCCUCUGGUGCACCAAAUUCGCUGACGGGGUCGGAAGCCGGCGCUCUAUUCAGGGAUGCGCAGAGACACCGAGUUCCCCUUCACAGCGCAGUUCCCCUGUAUACCGAUGGCUCCCAACAAUCCAAUGGCGUUAGUAUGGCCGACUCCGUGGCCAACAACUUCGUCGUUGCUAACCCGGACGCCUUCUCUGGUCGAGCCAUACAUGGGUUUCCGUCAGAGCCAGAUGAGAAGCUCAUUGAAGCUAUGAAGUCUCCAAAGGAUCGUCUUUUAAUCCUGCAGUUGGAAGAAAGAGUCAGGAACUUUAUCCAGAAUUCUAAGGAACAAUCUCUAGAGCUUCCUCCUUCUAAUGCUUUCGGCCGACUACUUGCCCAUAAACUUGGUGAUUACUAUCACCUCACCCAUUUUGUGGAUAACAAUGUCACAUCAGUCCGACUUCAUCGUACUCCCUUCUGUCGACUGCCUGCACCCUUGUCUAUGAUACAUGCUGCCGCCGAUAGUACACCACCUCCUUCAGCGCCUGCCAUGAAGAUCAUGCGCCGUACAGACGGUGAGCGGCCUUCUACAGAGGGUAGUAUAGCAGCAAGCUCUUCGUCUCCCUCCAAGGCCACGUCGGAAGCUGGUGAUAGUGGCAAUGAAGGCGAUCGUAGUGGCUCAGCAACUGGAGCCACUCCCGCGAAGGAUCGAUUAUCUCUUACGCGAGAGGAGCGUGAGGCCAAGUAUCAAGAAGCUAGGGAAAGGAUCUUCCGUGAUUUCUCAGAGUCGAAGACUCCAGAGGUGAAUGGAGAUCCCAGCACCGAUGUUUCUCGGUCAAGCUCUACGAGCGGACGCAAAAAGGGACAUCGCCAGAAGACGCCUCAUGAUGACAGCUUUGAAGCUCGAUCUCAGUUCAACGCGUAUUACCCUGGAAUGCAGUAUAAUAACGGAUCUUCGCCUUACAAUAUGGGAAUGCAGGAUCCUUCGUUUCCCAAUCAGCCUUACAUGGUUGGGCCCGGGGUUAUUCCGAAUAAUAUGGGGUACAUGUCUGGGCAGAGUGGUAUCAUGUAUCCUGGACAGAUGAACAUGGGCGCUGCAGCACAUUAUCCUAUCCCCGUAUCUCCUCAGAUGGGUACAAGCGGCCCUUGGCAGAAUGCGCCAGUUCCGCAACAGCCGCCUUAUCCUGGUUACUCCAUAAACCAGUCCCCAGCUAUGGCGUCGGCAAAACCCGUUCCGGCAAUGAACACCUAUCCCGUUCAAAGUUCUGUGCAGUUCCAGGCGAGCCCUCCUGGGUGGUCUUCUCCGCCUUACCAACCAGCUUACCCGCAGGCAAAUCCUCGCAACCAAGCGCCCCUCCCCUGGUCGACCUACCAACCGCAGCCGCUUAACACAAGCCCUUAUGCCUACGCACAAUAUCCUGGCCAGCCACUGAACACCUCUAUGCCAAGCCAUUCGAACUCGCACCCUCUGCCGGGCAGUUUUAACAGAUCUCACUUCAAUCCUCAGACCCGGUCCUUUGUUCCUGGCGGAGCUGCUGGCCUAAGCCGACACCCAAACAAGACCAACCCUUCAAACAUGGGGCCAUAUCAUAUGCAGGCGGGUCUGCAACCGCAGUGGAACGGCUACCAGGAUGUUAGUGGUAAAAGCCAGGAACAGAUUAUACCCCGGGGACCACUUCCGGGCGGCAAGGACUCGAUUGCAAAGUGGGGAACGCCGUCUCACCUACCCCCGAAACCACCUCCUUCCGAGGUCCCUUCUGACUUUGAGGUGAAGCACCGAACUGCGAACUCUGCGAGCAAUUCGUACUCUGGCACCUCGGUAGCAAGUUCCAACAACGGUCCGCUCGUUGUCUCCGGAGGGACCAGCCUAGGGCGCUCGAAUUAG